UCCCUAAAGACUCGGGCGGAGUAUGCAUGUAUAAACGUGCAAAGCACGUGUAAUAGUUACCUGCCAAAUCAGUCUCUUUCGCAUUCAUCAUCUUAUUACUUAUUGUCUUGUCUUUAAAUCAGCUUCGGCGAUCCUUGAGUCACACAAGAUGGUCAGGGAAGACAAGGCCACAUGGAAGUCCAACUACUUCGUCAGACUCAUUGAAAACUUGAAUGAGUAUCCCAAGUGCUUCAUCGUCGGCGUUGACAAUGUCGGCUCCAAGCAGAUGCAGGCAAUCCGUUCCUCGCUUCGAGGACACGGUGUCGUCCUCAUGGGCAAGAACACCAUGAUCCGCAAGGCCAUCAGAGGUCACAUGGAGAAUGAUCCUGGUCUGGAAAAGCUCCUUCCCCACAUGAAAGGCAAUGUUGGAUUUGUAUUCACCAAGGGAGAAUUGCUGGAGGUCCGAGAAAAGAUCCUGGCUAACAAGGUCGCUGCCCCAGCCAAGGCUGGUGCCCUCGCACCAAUUGAUGUGUUCAUUGACAGCGUCAACACCGGCUUGGGACCCGAGAAGACCUCUUUCUUCCAGGCUCUUUCCAUCGCCACCAAGAUCGCCAGGGGAACCAUUGAAAUCUUGAACAAAGUACAUCUGAUCAAGCUGGGCGAGAAGGUAGGAGCUUCUGAGGCCACUCUGCUUCAGAUGUUGAAGAUCUACCCCUUCUCGUAUGGUCUCCAGAUCCGCCAAGUGUACGAGGCAGGCUCUGUGUUCCAUCCCAGCAUCUUGGACAUCACCGAUGAGGACAUUCACGUCAAGUUCAUCGAGGGUGUGGCCAACGUGGCUGCACUCUGUCUGCAGAUAGGGUACCCAACCCCAGCCAGUGUGCCUCAUUCCAUCGUCAAUGGCUUCAAGAAUAUCCUGGCCAUUGCUGUUGCAACGGAGAUCACAUUCGCCCAGGCAGAACAGGCUAAGGCCUUCCUGGCAGAUCCAUCAGCAUUCUUAGCGGCAGCAGCAGCAUCAGCUCCAGUUGCUGAGAAGAAGGAAGAGGUAGCUGCAAAGAAGGAGGAAUCUGAGGAGGAAUCCGACGAUGACAUGGGUUUCGGCCUCUUCGACUAGUCCACACCGGGGCUCAAAUCUCUUCUUCUUAUCACAAGCCUACAGUGAAAUGCGACCUGAAUAUAACAUCACCAUAUGCUGAGACUUUGAUGACUUAACCAUGUGUGAACGGGAUUCGUCUCUCGCUCCCCCGUGUCCUUGACUCUCAUUUCGACAACACCACGGAAGCAAAUGUUUCGUACUUGUCACUGACCAUGUUCAGUUUUCCAGACAUCGUCUCAAUAUUACCUCAAUAUCACAACAGCCUAAUGCCAAGAUUCACCAAUCUUUAUACCCAUGAUUUGAAAUAUCACUGCAUCGUGUUUAUAGACGUAACUUUCAUUUCAACCCCAGUUGUUUUAUUUCUCAGCAUGUUUUUAUAGAACGGUACCUUUUCACUGGAAGCUUGUGACUGAAGCAAGCAUAUGGGAUAUUCAUCUUGAUUUCAAUGCUCGUGUGAUGAGAUGAUUAAAUAAUAACCAUCUACAAUUAA